AAGUAAGAGAUUCGCUAAAAUCGCCAUUGUCGUUAUAGUAGCAUAUACCCAUGCAGACGUUGUGUGUUCGGACAGGUUGUACCCGGAAAGUCGAUUUAAAACAGCAAUUUGAAGAAGUAUACAAGCAAUAUUUCAUAAAAACUUCUAAGUAAUGUCGGACAAUUUUAAGAAGGAAAAAUAUUCAUGAUGGUUAGUGCUAUUUUAUGAAUAUUUGUCCGUUAAAUCCGGCGACAAAAGAUCUAGAGAAGUCUUUAUGUUUGUUAAGACAGUGUCUGGACACCUACUCUCCAUUUAUACGUUAUAAGAUGGGUGGUUGUUGCGAAGUGUUUGGGUCACCUCACUUCCCAGUAGCCCUUCUACUGUUCUUGGUUGCUGGUGCUGGUAUGGGAACCAGUAAGGCACUGGGACUCUACCUGAAGGAUAUCAGCCGACAUAUUAUUGGAACACCUUCAACGGAUCCAGAACUGCGAAUCGCCCUGGUCCUCUUCAAUGUAUUUGCUCACAUACCAGCUCUACUUGUGGCAGUCAUAUAUCGACAGCGCCCCUUACGUCGUGUCCUGCUGAUUGGUGGUUCUUGCAUGGUCUCUAUAGGUGUCAUGUUGACUUCAUUCGCUACAAACAAAGCUUCGAUUGGAAUCUUCCUCUCAGUCAGUGGUCUCGGAAAUUGUUUCCUCCUGACCUCGGCCUCUAUCGCACUGAAUGAUCUAGCCGGCGAACAUUUUAACCUCAUCUACAGCAUUUCAAUGAGUGGUUCUGGAGUAGGAACGGUGGCUUUGCCUGUCCUGACCGAAUAUCUCCAUCAGUGUUACGGUUGGAGAGGUGCAAUUCUUAUCGUAGGUGCACUCAUGGCCAACAUCAUACCUUGUGCCCUAGCGGUGAGAUAUGGUACAACAUCCAAGGGGACGGGUAAAGACCGUUGCAGCUCAGAAGACGAGGAGGUUUCAGAAAGACAUUCGUACGAUAUACCAACCGGAUCCUCUACGACACGCUACCGUGGUGGAUAUAGAACAGAAGACGACACGGACUCGGACAGCGAUCCGAACCAUAUCUCACACAGGGAAUCUUAUCCAUUGAUGAGUCAUUCAGAAUCCUCGACUGACCUACGUGAGGACAACAGUGAGCUAUCUAACGGUUUCUUCACCACGCUAUGGGCCAGUUUACGCGCGUCGGAUUUUUACAUCGAUCCAGCAUUCAAUUUCUUCUUCUUAGCGAUGAUAUUGGUUUCUUUGGGUACUGUGGAUGGCACAACCUCAUCAUCCCUCACGCUUUGGAGAAAGGGUUAGCAGUAGAAGAGAUCCUACUUCUUACUCUCUCUACAGCUGUUGGCAGUGUGAGUGGCAGGAUCCUUGUCGGUCUUCUCUGUGACAACCGCUUUAGUCCAGUCACCAUAUACCUUAUAUGCACUCUCCUUGAUAUAGCUUCAUUAUUGUUGGACGUGUUUCUUUCAUCCCUCUACGUCAUCAUUGUGUCGUCAUUUAUCAGAGCAGGAACUAUAGGAGGGAGAGCAAUAUUGGGGACUCUUGCAGCCCGGGAGAGGGCGUCUACUGGCAAGAAGGAUAUUGUAUUUGCCCUUGGACUUUUCUGUUUCGGUAUUGGGAUUCUACUUGGGACCUCUUAUUCAGGAGCAAUCGCACACAUAUCAUCGCAUUAUGACGUCACAUGGUGGUUGGUAGCAGGGAUAUGUUUGGAGAUAGCCAUCUUCCUGACUGUAUUAGUACCCUUGCUUUUCAAGAAGAGAUGACCGUCGAAAAGGAUAGGCGAUGAUUAUCACGAUAAUACAUGAACUAACUUCUUUCAAUCAAGAUGAGGUGAAGAUUUUCAAGAAUAAGAGUUUUGUUUGGUUUCCCAGAUGGUACUCAAU